AUAAUAAGAAAAAUGAGAAGGGAAUUAAAAGAUAAAGAGAAAAGGAGAAAGAGAAAGAAGAAAAACAAAGAAAAAAGAAAAAGAAAGAAAAGUUAGAAAGUUUCUUUUAAAAUUUCGUAAAGCAUUACAAAUCUCUUUUAAAUGCCAAGCAAGAAUAUUUGUUUUCACGAUAUAUAAUUUAUAAUUGCAAUUUCGUUAGGUAAAAAAAAAAAAAAAAAAAUGUUGUUCUCGUUUUAAACGCUAAUGAAGACAUUCCUUUUCUUUGCUCUUUAUCUUCCAAAGCGUUUGAAAUUUAUUUGAAAUAUAAUAUGUAGAAUAUACAUAUUUGUGAUAUAGUAUUUAGAAUUAUUAAUAAAUUUUGCAAUGUAAAAAAACUUUGUCCCCUGUUUAACAUACUAACGGAGAUUAUUUUCUUCUUAUCUUUAUUUAUUUUAUAAUAUUUGAAGAGAAGGGAAAUAUAUUUGUUUCUUCUUUUUUGCUAUUACAUCGAAAAAUAUCCAUCCUCUAACUAUUCUCUAAUAUAUUGGUAGCAAACAAAAAGUAAACACAUUUUAGAUAACCAAGGAACUCCUUUUACUGGAUUCAGAAUCAUAUUCGUCGUAGAAAAAAAAAAACAGAAUACAUAACUAUACGAGAUAAUAAGAGGAUAAAAAGAAAGAAAAAAAAAAAAAAAAAAAAAAAAGAAAAAGAAAAAAAAGAAUAAAAAAAUGAGGAAAACCUACGAAGAAACAAAAUAAAACAACGAUCGUCCCGAAAUCAUCAGAAUUGAUAAAUCAAUAAGAGCAAGCGAAUCUAAUAAGGUCAUCAUAAAAAUCAUAAUGUAAACGAAAAGAGAAAACGAAAAAAAAAAAAAAAAAAAAUACAGAAGGAAAGGAAAAAAAAAAAAAGAAACAAAAAGUCGUUCGUAAAGUCGAAACGUAUAAAGUAGAAAAGAAAAAGAAAAUCUUUUGAAAUUAUUCAGGUGCUAAUUUUUAGUUCCUUUAAAGUGAGAUCAAGAAGGAAAGGAAUAAAGAAAAAAAAAAUAAAUAAAUAAAAUAAAAUAAAAUAAAAUAAAAUAAAAUAAAAUAAAAGUAAAAAUACAAAUAAAAAUCAAAAUAAAUAGGAAAAGGUGUUGUGUGCGUGAACCGAGUAGUUGGUUAAAAGUUCGGUGUCACGAUAGGUUGCCUUCAAAGUUCAGGUACCAGGGGGUCGGAGGGGUCUGUGAACCUCGGCGAGGGUGGAUCAACCGGACAGGUUGGAGAAGGGGGUAGCACAAGUAUGUGCUGCGUCCUUCAAGGUGCCGAGAGAGUCUUUCCCUCGAAUAAAAAUGGGGGUAAGCAUGGCCUCGGUUCGACAACCCUUGGAAAUGCAAAUGAUAUUGCAAAUCGAACUUCGAAUACUGGACCUCAGGAUUUACCUUUGGAAUCUCUUUGGGCUGCUGGCCUUGACGAUGGUAUGGGCUUCCCUCAAAGAUGUUCUUAUGCCAAUCAUGGUCUUGGUGGUCUCGUCAACAGUAUGUCUGCUAGUUCGACCAAUGGUCAUAAUGAAGAUGUUUGGAAAGAGAGAACCAUUGGUCAUAGAACGCCAACAACGUCAACCGGAAUUGGUUCAUCGAUCGCCGAUGAAAUCUGGACGUCAGCUAACGAACGUAAAACAUUCUUUCGUACAUCGACGACAUCGACGGGUAUUGGCUCAUCUUUAAAUCUUCAUGAAAACAAUCGUUCAUUGGAAUCAAGAGAUGGAAUAUUUUACUCUACCGACAUUGAAGAUAACAAAGACACUUGUCGAAGAUUUUAUCCGAACACACCAACGACGUCGGGUCUUGGAUCAUCCUCAGAUCGACAAUCUGUUGAAACACAAAGAGGAUCGAGAGAUUUGCCUGAUCAUUUAUGGGCCAGUGCCAUGGCCGACGGUUUCUCUCGUUUCAAUGCAAUGAAAUCUUUAAAUACUAUUACAAGACAACCAAGACCCAAUCACGAUUGGGUUAAAACUGAAAGGAUUUCAAGAUUUAGUAAACACCGUACAAUCGGUAGAUCGCCCGAUAGAGAUAAUCAAAUUUGGACAACGACUCAGCUUAUCAAUAACGACGAGGACGACGCCGUAGUUGCUUCCGGUUAUUCUACGCAAAAAAUUCUCAACCAACAUGGUUGCCAUCAUCAGGCACGUAGAAGUUUCUCCACGUCGAUCGUUGCUGAUCUAGCGAUCACACCGACUGGAUCGCAUCAAAGUCUUGGCAGUAACGAAUUUCUGGUGUCGAAGAGGUGACGAAACAUCGACCAUCGGACACUCUCGGUUGGAGGAGCAAUCGGUGGUAAUUAGGAUAGCUCACACAGCCACAAAACGCGUGGAACGUUACAGAACUAAAGCUGGAGCAUCGGAAAGCUCUUUCUGAUGCGUUAAGCCGACGACGAGUGAGACUAGCCAACCAUUGUACGCGAACGGAUUUUCGGUUUGCCACGACACGGUUCAUGAAUAUUCAAGGGGUUGCUCAUCCCUUGCUCUGCCUCUCCUCUAGAAUGACCAAGAGAUCUUCGACAAAAGGACCAACGAAAAUCCCAUUCCAGUCUUCUAUAAGUGUUUGUGUGUGUGUGCGCGUGUGUGUGUGUGUGUGUCUAUGUGUGAUUUUUAAGUUUGUAUGUAUGAGUUUGGUUAAGAGAAAAUUAAAAAAAUUAUAAACAUUAAAAUCUGUCGAAAGUUUAACAUUUGAUUUUUCUUAUUUUUUGUUUUUUCUCUCGCGCGUCCUUAUGUGUGCGUCUGUACAUUUGUAAAGGGUGGACUAAGUUUAUAUGUAUAAAUAUGCCAGAGCGGAUUAAAUGUUUCAUAAAACAUCCUGUCGAAAGUUUA